CUCCUCUUCCUCUUGUUCCUGUCAUUUGUCUGCACUUUCGCUUUAUUGUUUUACUGUCAGCUGUGUGCUUGAUCAUGUGAGAGUCGCCGCGUCUCCUGGAUAGUUUCGCUUCACUAGACAAACGGAGUUUUGAUCUAAAAUGGGGGUUUUAACGGUUUCUUUCCUGUUAUCGAUGCUGCUGAUCAGCACCUGCAGAGCUAAAUAUGAGCCCACCUGGGAAUCCAUCGACUCCAGGCCGCUGCCGGACUGGUACGAUCAGGCCAAGUUUGGCAUCUUCAUACACUGGGGGGUCUUCUCUGUCCCCAGCUUCGGCAGCGAGUGGUUCUGGUAUUACUGGCAGAAGCAAAAACUGAAGCCAUUUGUUGAGUUCAUGCAGAAGAAUUAUCCUCCAGACUUCAAGUAUCAAGACUUUGCACCGCAGUUCACUGCUGAGUUCUUCAAUGCCAAAGAGUGGGCGGACAUCUUUGCUGCAUCAGGGGCAAAAUACAUUGUCCUGACCACAAAACAUCAUGAAGGUUUCACACUUUGGGGCUCAAAAAACUCCUGGAACUGGAAUGCAGUGGAUGUUGGACCAAAGAGAGAUCUGGUGGAUGAGGUGGCGAGUGCUGUUCGUACUCACAGUGACCUGCGUUUAGGGCUGUAUCACUCUCUUUUUGAGUGGUUUAACCCGCUCUUUGAACAGGACGCUGCCAACGUCUUCACUACAAACUACUUCCCCACCACUAAAACUCUACCUGAGCUCUAUGAGCUCAUUGCCAAGUACAAACCAGAGAUCCUGUGGUCUGAUGGGGACGGCAACGCACCUGACAAGUACUGGAACAGCACAGGUUUCUUAGCCUGGCUCUAUAAUGACAGUCCUGUGCGAGACACGGUGGUGACGAAUGAUCGCUGGGGCUACGGCUCCAUCUGCAAGCAUGGUGGAUAUUACACCUGUGCUGAUCGCUACCAGCCGGGACACCUGCUCAAACACAAGUGGGAAAACUGCAUGACCAUCGACAAAGGGUCCUGGGGUUACAGACGCAACGCUCAUCUCAGCGACUACCUCACCAUCGAGGAGCUUGUAUCGACUCUGGUGGAGACUGUGUCCUGUGGGGGAAACCUGCUGAUGAACAUCGGUCCAACACACGAUGGACGGAUCAUUCCCAUCUUUGAGGAGCGCCUGAGGCAGAUGGGUCAGUGGCUGAAGGUCAACGGAGAGGCCAUCUACAACACAACAGCAUGGCGGGUUCAGAAAGAUAACGUCACUGCCAGUGUCUGGUACACCUUCAGGCCACAGGAAAAGAGCAUCUAUGCCACUUUACUGAAGUGGCCCACUGAUGGAUCUGUGAUUCUCAGUGAACCUCUGGCAACAGAAGCACAGACUCAGGUGGUGCUUCUCGGUCACGGGCCUCUGCAGUGGGAGCCUGUGAAGCCCAGCGGGCUGCGGGUGCUCCUGCCCCAGCUGUCCUUCAGCCAGAUGCCCUGCCAGUGGGCCUGGACUCUGAGGCUGACAGGUGCCACUUAGAGGGAAACCAGAGGCAGGUGAAGAGGAACUGACAGCGCUGCAGUCCAGGAGGACGACCCAGGGUUUUAAUGUUGAAAUCACUGAACUAUAAAAUGUACUGUACUGUCUGCCAGCUGCACUAUUACAUUAAAAAUGGUCUUUUUUUAAAAUACUAACACAGGGCAAUCAAAAAUAAACACUAGUACAUGAUUAUUGUUUUUGAUUAGGAAAACUUUGACGAUUAAAGUCUUAUAUUGUAGCUCCGGUGGUGGAAAGUAAACAUGUACAUUUACCCAUGUUCUUUACUGAAGUCCAGUUUUUAGGUAUUUAAAGUGAGUAUUUCCAUUUGAUGUACCUUUAACUUCUACUCUGCCACAUUUUGGAAGCCAAUAUUGUACUUUUUACUUCACAUUUUACUCCACACAUUCAUCAGUUACUCUGCAGAGUCAGGUUAUUAAACAAAGUAUAAAUCAAAUAAUAAAUUGUGAUGUCUUAUGGAUUAUCAAAUAGUUGAAAAUGAUGCUUAAACAUGAAUGCAUCAUUAAUACCUAUCCAAUAAUAUAAUUUACACUAUUAUACAUAGAGUACUUUUACUUUUGGUACUUUGAGUAUAUUUUGAUGCUCAUACUUUGCUUUUACCUAAGUAAGAGUUUAAAUGCAGGGAUUUUAUUUGUAAUAUUUUACAAUUUAACUCUGUGGAAUUACUUAAAUAAUCUUAGUAUUUUUACACCGCUGUCUGGCUCAGAGUUUCCGAACUUUGAGACAUAAAAGUCAUUUUUAGGUUGUGUUAAGGUCGACCUACAGCCUGUAUGCAAUAAUCAACAUGUGACCUCUCUUUACAUCAGAACUGUGAAAUAUGUUAACUUGUGAUUUUUGGCUAGUUUUUUUGCACUGUUGUGGUUUUUGUUAAGCCUACAAGUUUUUAUGUGAUUUUUUUUUUUUUAAGUAAAUCUGCAGCAUUUAUCAAAGUGGAAGUGAAUGUUUUAUAUAUGACGGGAUGAUUUAAUAAAAUAAAUGAAACCUUCAAGCACCA